AUGGGGCCGUUUCCUGAACCUGUACACCACAGACAGGAAGCUCAUGCGGGGUACAUUCCCGGUGGAGGUAUUCCAAACAGGAUGUAUGGCCAUCCUGGAUUACAAGUUGCGGGCAUGCCGGACGCGCAAGAACGAAAGUUGGCGCUGCAACCCUUUGACGGCAAGUAA